CCCAAAGAUCAGUCACUCUCAGCUGGUGCUCCAACCUUCAACACAGCAUCCAGUGAUCACAUCGCCCGUUAUUGUGCUAUGCGACGCAGAGACGCCACUUGCGCUUUGGCUUAACGGAGGUCUCAGCAUCUGUCUGAAGCGGAGUUUCAAAUUAAUGCCCGAAGGAUUGGCGUCAAAUCUUUAAUUGUGCAUCACUGGACAGCAUGGAACAUUGGAAACAGUGCGCGUUAUGGCUGAUCAAUUGUAAGGUGCUCCCGCCGAACCAUCGGGUGACAUGGGAGUCCGCUCAGGUGUUCGACCUGGCGCAGACCCUGCGGGAUGGGGUCCUCCUGUGCCAGCUCCUCAACAACCUGAGACUCCACUCCAUCAACCUGAGGGAGAUCAACCUGAGACCGCAGAUGUCACAGUUUCUUUGCUUGAAGAACAUCAGGACAUUUUUACAUGCCUGCUCAGAAAUCUUCGGCAUGAAGAAGAGUGAACUGUUUGAGGCUUUUGAUUUAUUCGAUGUACGGGACUUUGGAAAGGUUAUGGACACAUUGUCCAAACUCUCACAUACACAUAAUGCACAGCAAACUGGAAUAAGGCCGUUUCCAACAGAAGAAAGUGUUGAAGAUGAAGACAUUUAUAACCAUCUUGAGGAUCUGAUAGAUGUGAAUGGUGUUGAAGAUGAGGAAGAUCUCUACGACUGUGUGUAUGAUGAUGAUGAAGGUGGAGAGGUGUAUGAAGACUUGAUGAAGGUUGAGCUGGUAGCACCACAGAAACAGGCUGAGACAGACAUCAGGAGCUGCUGUCUGACAGAAAUUAAACAGACAGAAGAGAAAUAUACUGAGACUCUGGACUCCAUAGAGAAAUUCUUUAUGAAGCCUCUGGGACAGUCGCUGUCUGGUGUGGAGAUUGAAAAAGUGUUCAUCAAUAUUCCAGACCUUGUAAAAGUGCACACAAGCCUUUUGAAGGAGGUCCAGGAGUCUGUGCUUCAACAUAAUGCCAGUAACCUGUACCAGAUCUUCAUAAAGUACAAAGAGAGAUUAGUCCUGUAUGGAAAAUACUGCAGUCAAGUAGAGUUAUCCAUUGCCUGUUUAGAUGACAUUUGUAAGAAAAGAGAGGAUAUCAGGCAGAUGUUGGAGUUAUGUUCCAAACGAGCAAAUAAUGGGAAGUUUACCUUGAGAGAUCUGCUUGUUGUUCCAAUGCAGAGAGUUCUGAAGUAUCAUCUGCUCCUUCAGGAACUGGUAAAACACACCCAUGAUGCCACAGACAAGAGUAAUUUACGCCAAGCUCUAGACGCCAUGAAGGAUCUGGCCCAGUAUGUCAACGAGGUGAAGAGAGACAUUGAGACUCUGCGGGACAUCGACCAGUACCAGAAAUCUAUAGAAAACCUUAAUCAGUCUCUCCGUAACUAUGGGAGACCGAAAGGUGACAGUGAAGUGCGAGUAUCUUCAGUCGACAAACGAGCCAAACAAGACAGGCACAUCUUCUUGUUUGACGCAGUUGUGAUUGUAUGCAAACGACGAGGAGACAACUACGAAAUGAAGGAAGUGAUCGACCUCCACUCAUUCAAAAUCACCAACAACCCGACCUCUGACAGAGAAAACAGAAAGUGGUCUCACGGAUUCUACCUCACACACAACCAGGGCCAAACCGGCUUUGAGUUCUUCUUUAAGACCAAAGAGCUAAAGAAGAAAUGGUUGGAGCAGUUCGGCAUGGCCUUAUCGAACAUCUGUCCAGAGAGUGGGAAAUGUAAUUUCCAUGAGUUCCGCAUGCACACCUUCGAGACGACCACAUCCUGCAGCUCGUGUAAAAUGCUGCUGAGAGGCGUCUUCUAUCAAGGGUACCUCUGUUCCAAAUGUGGUGUGGGUGCCCAUAAAGAGUGUCUUGGCAGAGUGGAUGUCUGUGUCAAAAGCGCUGAUUCCAGCUCUUUUGGAUCACAGAUUGGAAAAACACCUAGUCACGGAGGUUGUGCAGGUUUGCCUAAAAUGCUGGUCAUUCGCAAUUAUUAUGGGGUUCCAAGCCCUCUGUGUGGCCCGCCACUCAACAUCAAAGUCGGUGAUGUCAUCGAACUGAUCGAAGCGAACGUCCGCAGCUGCUGGUGGAAGGGUAAAGUCCUGGCAAAAGACUGUAAAGAGGUUGGCUUCUUUCCAAGCGACGCAGUGAAGCCUUGCCCAUGUGUACCCAAACCGAUUGACUAUUCUUCCCAGCCUUGGUUCGCAGGCCCAAUGGAGAGGCUGCAGGCAGAGGCCACACUGCUAAACAGGCAGAGCAGCACAUACCUGGUGCGUCACAGGAGCCGAGAGUUUAACGAGUACGCCAUCAGCAUCAAGUACAACAACGAAGUGAAACACAUCAAGAUCUUAACAAAGGAGGGAUGUUUCUACAUUGCAGAAAACAAGAAGUUUGGAAGCAUUUUGGAGCUGAUUGAUUAUUACAAACAUCACUCUCUGCGGGAAGGAUUCAGGACACUUGAUACCACUCUACAGUUUGCCUACAGAGAGCCGGAGAACGGAGCCAACACCCCGUUGCUCUGCGGGCUGUCUUUUCUAACUCCCGCCGGCUACAGCUUUGUCCUUCCCUCUACCGCCCCAUUCUGGUCAGUGUUCACUCCUAAGGUGAUGGGCGUGGCGAUUGCCCGUUACGACUUCAGCUCCAGAGACACCCGGGAACUGUCCUUGCAGGAGGGGGAUGUGGUGAAGAUCUACAGUAAAACUGGAGCCAAUGGGUGGUGGAGGGGUGAAGUCAAUGGCCGGGUGGGCUGGUUCCCCUCCACCUACGUAGAGGAGAGCGAGGAGUGAAUGGCCAAGCGAUUGCAUACAAGAGAAAGGAAAUAGAACGAAUAGCAGAGAGGGUGGAAAAGGACUGCGUUUGACUGGACUGAGCUUGAGCCAAGCCACAGAGUCAAAAAGGGCAACCGAUUGGCUGGUGCUCUUGCUUGCUUGCUCUCUCUCUCUGUCUUUUUUCUCUAUCCUGGAGCUAAACUGGAAGGCGGAGAGCACACAUGGGGUUUGAUAGAUGAAGGAUUGUCUCUUAGGGAGCAGAUUAUCAAACACAAACCAGGACCAGUCUCUUCGAACAGACUGUAUCUUACAACUUCCUUCCGGGCAAUCUGGACAGAGCGACACGGGUGAAUUUAGGCCUUUGCACGCCGGGGAUCCUGAUCCAGUGAGCUGGAGCACACAGAAUCGGACUGAGAUUGCACUCUGAGCUAUUUCUGUAUGUGUGUGUUUAUGUGUGACUGUUUGUGGAGGGUGUCUGCUCACAGAGAAACAUGUUUGUCCUGACCUUGCCCGAAUCCUCCUUACCUGAACUAUUAUUGAUGACCUCCCUUCCCUCCUCGUCUCUAUGCUGCCCCUCGAGGUGUUCCCACACAGCUCUCGCCCUACCACCUAGCCAUUCAUCUCAGAUUAAAGUCAUAGCCCCGUGACAGGAAGUGCCAUGUAGGUGCACAAGCACUGUGGUAAUUGAUUGCUGUCUUUUCCCUGUUUCCUUCCUACAAAAUCUCUUAUUUUCACAUUUCUGCUUAAAAGAAUGCCUGGUUGUGUUUUUGAGUGUGCUUAUCUCGGGAAAUGUAUUGUGGGGUUGUCAUGCACUGUUUAUCUGAUUUGUGCAUUUCCGCAUUGUCAGGGAGACGAGAUGUGACGAGAUGUUGGCACUAGCCAGGUGGAGGACAGGAAACAAAAGGGAUUGCAGUGACAGGCCAGUAAACAGCUUUUUCAGCAGGCAAGCAUUGCGUCCCUCCUUGCAGAAGUGAUCCUAUUAGAUAGCGCAGACAAUGGGGGGGUAUACACAUUUACGGGAAAAAAUGGACACUUUGAAAAACAAUUAACCACAUAAUUCUGUUUUACACACACCCAGUGAAUCAGAGGACUUGUAAAUGUCUUGUGAUGUACAAACUAGUGGUUGACCGAUAUAGGUUUUUUAAUGAACGAUGCUGUUACCAAUAUCUAUAGAGCAAGGUGGCCAAUAUAAUGCUCAUAUUCACAGUUUUUCUGAUCAACCACAGGACGGCGCUAUGAUGAUUAAGAUUGCCGCUGGACUGUUUUUUGGUUCUGGUCUCCAUAAAAUGCAAUGUAACAACUACAGAAACAUGUGAUCCAGAUAGAGAACAACAACUAUUUUAAAGUAAUAUUCCAGGUUCAAAACAAUUUAAGCUCAAUUGACAGCAUUUUUUGCCAUAAUGCCGAUUACCACAAAAUCCUUUUCUUUAAAAAAAAGCAAAAAUCGAGGUUACAGUGAGGCACUUACAAUGGAAGUGAACAGGUCCAAUUUUUGGCGAGUUUAAAAGCAGAAAUUUGAAGCUUAUAAUUUAAUAGAAAAAAAAGCACUUAAAUUAUAUCUUCUGUUAAAUCUCAUGUAAUAUUUGAGCUGAAAAUUUGUGUAUUUUGUCAUUUUUACAGUUAUUUUAGGGUUUGUUGACAUUACAUUGCCAUGGCAACAAAGUUGUAAAAUUGGCUAUAACUUUACACAGAAAAACUUAGUAAAAGUGAUUUUAUCACACUAAAAUCGUGUUAAUGCACAUAUUGUUUAUGUAUUUUGGCUAUACUUUUAAAAAGUGAGUGUUUUAACAUUCAGAAAUUGGCCCCAUUCACUUCUGUUGUAAAUGCCUCACUGUAGCCCAGAUUUUGACUUUUUAUAAAGAAAUGAAGGGGCAAGUCAAAAUGAAUUUUCAUGGUAAUCAAUAUUAUGCUACAAAUGUGUAUUGAACCCGGAAUAUUCCUUUAAGUGUUAUUUGGAGUAAAAGUGAGUUCAGUUGUAAUAACUUGAAGCAGUUAAUAUCAAUGUAAUAUUAAUAAAAACAUAUAACCUCGGACUAUCGCUUCAAGUCAUCUACUCACUCCGUCGUGACUCUUCAUUUGGCAAUUUGUGUACACAUUUUUGCACUUAUUAUCUGCAAAAAAACGACUUUUCUGAGUGUUUUUUGCAAUGACUAUGAAGCAACUGGUGACAACCAAAAAGUGUCCAAAUACUUCAGUCUUAAUUGAAAUGUAUUUAAACCUAACAAGCAUCUUUUUGUAGAAUGUUUUGCUUGAAAAAUAAAUCCUACUUGGUUGAUAUUUUGUUAUAACUUCCAAUAUAUUCGUACAUUUUUAAGUGUGACUUAAGUGUGCAAAUACUUUUUGGGGCCACUUAAUAUGUAAUGCAGUUGAAAGACUAACAGAUUAGACGUAACGGAUAUUUAACACAACAUUUAUCCAAAAUUUGUUGAUAAAAAUUGGCCUGGCCCAUACAGUAUAUCGGUCUAUCAAUAGUGUAAAAUGACAUCACCAAAGAAGACCCCUCUUGUCCAAGGGGUACAUCUAAAGAUGGCACUGUUAAAUAAGAGACAUAAGAUGGAUUUAGAUGAUUUUUCACUUCCUGCAUUACUGGAAUCACCUUGUUUUCAAACAUAGCUGUGGGACUCUCUUUAGAUUUUCCAGAGCUAUAAUGAACUAGGUGGAUGCUUUACCUGCCUGCAGCUAAACAUAGAUGCGUGUGAAAUCUGAAUGGGCUCUAAACUGAUAAAAUGUGAUGAAGUUAAAGUGUUCAGUGUGUUUAGACUGUGGUAAAGUGACAGACACUUUAAUAGGAAAGAAGGUCAUAUCAUGAAACACUUCAACUGCUUGUUUGCCUCAGAUGGUUAGAUAAAAGUGCUCUCUUUAAAUAUAUAGGAUAUAUUAUUUGUGAUCUAAAAUGAGACUCUGACAGGAAAAGGCAUUCAUAGUCUCAGCAUCCUUUACCGAGGAAUACAGACAAAUGUAUAAAACUAAAAACAAAAAGAGACUAUAAACCAGCCCAAUGUAAUGCGUCUCCAUUUAUAAAUGGCUUUUCUAACAUCAGAUUAUUCAGUGGUUUGAUUUAAUGCAAGGAUAGACAUUUUAUUAAUACUUGUCAUUUUCCCUUUUAUUUUAACUUUGUUUUUUCUUUCCAAAGAGUUACAAAAUGUAUUAUAAAAUUGUUGUUGCCUGUUAUUGGGCAUGAGUUAUGUAUUUUUUUAUUCCUGUAUAUUGAGAAGACAUGUAGUGUAAAAAUGGGUGAAUAUUUAUUGAUUUAUAGACAUAUGUGUUAUAAGUCACACAGUAUGUGUUAAAGAUAUUGUCUUCAAUUUAUAAUGUGAAUAUGGUAUUGAUCAGUUGUUCUGUGUCUCACCUCCCUUCACAAUGUAGCACCACCACUAAGUGGCAGCAGCUUUCAUUUCCUCAUCAUUCUUUACCCUUCAAACCUGUAAUUCCACUUUCUCUUUCAUUUUCCUAAUCGCUUUAAUGCUGGCCUCAAGUCUUUGUAGGAAGUUUUGACUUACAGGUUCAGAAGUUGUAAUUACUGUACAAUGAUGUCCAUUCAAUUGUUUUUGGUCAGGGGAAAAAAACUUCUUGGCAAAGACAGGUUUAAAACUUUUAAACUUGUAUUGCUAGUACAACAAAAUGAAGCCUAAAGGAUGUGAAUUUAAUAGAUGCUUAUUCUGUGUAUUUGAUCAGAAAUGUUGUCUUUAGCACAGGCAUUUUCUGGUAGGUUUUCUCACUGUUCUUCAUCAACAGUACUAAAAAUGCAUUCAACCACAAUUAUACUGUCAAUGUUUAAUGAUCAAUAGAUUGAUCAGUUAGUUUCCGCCACGAGUCUUUAAUUGACACGUUGCCAACUCGUAAAGUCAAUUUUCCCACUAAUAAUUCUGAGCUUGUGGUGUUCAUUUGCACUUAUUUUGUAAAUAUGACCAUUACCGACAUGAAUUGAAGGCAGCAUAUGGGCCAAUAAUAUUGGAUGAUUCCAGUGUUUUCCUGUUUUUGCAGAAUCAGCUUUCUCCUCUCUAAACGAAAGUGCCGUUAUAUCAGAGGAUUCAAGCAGAUUCAAUUCUCACUAGAGAAAUCACAUCCACCAACGAUUUACGACACUGUUCAAAAUCACUGCAGCCUCUCCCACCCUUAUUUUUAAAGGAGAAAGGUCAGUUUUAGUAUUGGUGUUUUUUUUCAAUUGGGCAACGACUGAAAGAGGAUUUUUGGACCAAAAUCUGGGGCAAAAUCUGUGCCCGAGGUAGAUUAAAGUCUUCUCUUGGGUGCAGUGUUCCCUACACUCUAACUGCAAUUUGCUUUCAAAAUGUUUUCACUGGUAAUCUGUUCCCACUGCCGUUUCCCCAGAGAUGAACUCUGACAGCACAUAUUUAACAGGCUUCCACACAUCAUUAUAUAUUUAGAUAUGACAGAGUCUGUUUCAACACAGAGUUGUGGGCCACUGAUCACCUAGCGAUCUCUAACCUCGAAGGAAGGAGAUUUCUGCUUCUGUUGCCUUUUUCGCAGUAUCUCCCAGACUUUUCUCCUCACCCCUUCAUAAUCUGAUUCUCCUGAUCUAGAUGUCUUUCACUUUUCAUGCAGUGCUAUAGCAUUACUAUCCAUCCUGCCUAUGGGUAAAAAAAUAAAAAAAUAUACAAAUAAUAUGCAAGUACAGGCUUAUUUGCUGUAAGUCAUUUUAAGGGAUAGUUCACUCAAAAAUGACAAUUCUGUCAUCAUUUACUCACCCUAAUGUUUGACUUUAUUUUAAUUCUAAUUUUAUUUUAUUUUUUGCUGUGGAACACAAAUAGAGAUGCUAGGCAGAAUGUAAGCCACAGUCACAAUUCACUUGCAUUGAAUGGAAAAAAGAUGCAAAGAAAGUCAAUUCUGACUGAGGCUAACAAUCAGAACAACUUAUGUGUGAGUAAUUAAUGAUGACAUUUUCAUUUUUGGGCAAACUGUUGCUUGAAUGCAUAAUGCUAAACCGUCUUUUUUAUUGUUUGGUUAUAAUGCACAGAUUGUGACAUUUUUUUUUACAAUUACUAUGCUACUAUGGGCCAUUAAACUAGUGGAAAAGCCAUAAUAUAUGUAAGUAGCCUUGAGUAACAGAAUGGCUGUAAACUAACGGUACUCCAAUUGCUAAAAUUCUGUCAUCCAUUGAAGCCAAAGACUUAGCAUGCUUGACACCGAGCCUGGCUGCCAUGGAAACGCCACAGUGGCCUAACAUGUUGCUGUGCAAUCUGAGUGUCCUGCAGUGCCAUAUAGCUGCUGUAUCACACCUGUACUGUACAUAUGCAGAUAAAAUUACCAUAAAAAAUGU